ACAUAACUAUCUUGAACCACAGCUACCUUAAGUAUAUCGCUUUAAUCAUUCUCGGUAGUAACUGUGUUCGCGCAUCUCUUAUCAUACCCCGGGCCUUUAUUAAGCGCCAAUCAUGUGUUUCUAUGAUCAAACAGUUUGGGCAUGUGGUUUUUGGAAGUGGGGGUCCUUCCGUUCCCAAUGCACCAAAGAAUAUCGAAUUGGGGAGACCUGUGGGAUGAAGCUGGUGUGGUCGACGGACAUUCAAGAGGCUGAAUGUAUCACCUGUAACAACAUCUCUAAAAAAGGCAUCAUAUCACGAAAAUGGCUCGAGACAUUGAGAGAUGGACCGUAGAAGGGAAUCGGAAUGCAACCAUUGAAAAGACUGAGCGGGAAUUGAGUGCGACCAGGAGAGCUUUGACACAGUUAUACCGCGACCAUUCUAAGAUCCCGGUUGCAUCUAGGAAAGUACGAUUGGCUAAGCGAAGGACAAACAAGAAGAUUGAUUAGAGGCCUUGGCUGAUUGACACCAGCGUUUGCAGAAAGUGACGAUUUGCCUUUCAACGAGCACUUGCAGGUCUGA